GGCGCGCCGUCGGGGCGGGCGGGCGCCGUCGCCUCCCCGACACCGCGGCAGCAUCGCGGCGUGCCGGGCGUCCCUCGGGCUCGGGGAGCGGGUGGCCGCGCUGACGCCGCUGCGAGCCAUGGCUGUCGCCUACCUGCUGGGCAACGGGUCCGCGCCGCUCCUCGCCGGCGCCCUGGAGGUCCCGUUCGCCGCCAACGCCUCCGCCUGCCGCCCGCCCGGGCCGCCCUGCCCGGCCUGGGGCAACGCCUCGGCGGCGCUGGGCUGGAACCGCUCCGAGCCCUGCGGCAGUGGCAAUGGCAGCGCGGGCGGCGGCGGGCCCUGCGCGCCCGCGGGCGGCGGCCCCUCCGUGGUCACCGCCAUCGCCAUCAUGGCCCUCUACUCCGUGGUCUGCGUCGUGGGGCUCUUCGGCAACUUCUUGGUCAUGUAUGUCAUCGUCAGGUACACGAAAAUGAAGACUGCCACCAACAUCUAUAUUUUCAAUCUUGCACUGGCAGAUGCCCUAGCAACAAGUACUCUACCAUUCCAGAGUGUGAAUUACUUGAUGGGAACCUGGCCAUUCGGUACCAUCCUUUGUAAGAUUGUUAUAUCCAUAGACUACUACAAUAUGUUCACCAGUAUCUUCACGCUCUGCACCAUGAGUGUGGAUCGCUACGUGGCCGUUUGCCACCCAGUUAAGGCCCUUGAUUUCCGUACUCCCCGAAAUGCCAAAAUUGUCAAUGUCUGCAACUGGAUUCUUUCCUCUGCCAUUGGCUUGCCAGUUAUGUUCAUGGCAACUACUAAAUACAGGCAUGGCUCAAUUGACUGUACACUUACAUUCUCCCACCCUGCUUGGUACUGGGAGAACCUCCUGAAAAUCUGUGUGUUCAUCUUUGCCUUCAUCAUGCCAGUCCUGAUCAUUACCGUGUGUUACGGGCUGAUGAUUUUACGCCUGAAGAGCGUCCGCAUGUUAUCCGGCUCCAAAGAGAAGGAUAGGAACCUGCGGAGAAUCACAAGGAUGGUUCUUGUGGUGGUGGCAGUGUUUAUUGUCUGCUGGACUCCCAUCCACAUUUAUGUUAUCAUUAAAGCCCUGGUCAACAUCCCAGAAACUACUUUCCAGACUGUCUCCUGGCACUUCUGUAUUGCUCUAGGGUAUACAAAUAGCUGCCUUAAUCCAGUCCUUUAUGCAUUCCUAGAUGAGAAUUUCAAAAGGUGUUUCAGAGAGUUCUGCAUCCCCACUUCCUCAACCAUUGAGCAGCAAAACUCCACCCGAGUCCGACAAAACACUCGUGACCAUGCUUCCACUGCCAACACGGUGGACAGGACUAACCAUCAGUUGGAACUUCAAGAAGCUGAAACUACUCCACUGCCGUGACAGGGUCUCCUGCUGCAUGGCUCUCAGAGCAGUUGCCACUGCCACAGUGUGCUAGUGGGAACAUGUAGGAUAUGCUUUCCCUCAAAA